GGGCGGGUCACGUGGGGGCGGCGGGGGCGGCGGGAGCGCCGGAGCGGAGCGGCCAUGAAGCACUACGAGGUGGAGAUCCUGGACGCCAGGACCAGGGACAAGCUGUGCUUCCUGGACAAGGUGGAGCCUCAGGCCACGGUGGCCGACAUCAAAAACCUGUUCAGCAAGAGCCAUCCCCAGUGGUACCCAGCGAGGCAGUCCCUGCGGCUGGACCCCAAGGGGCGCUCUCUCAAGGACGAGGAUGUGCUGCAGUCGCUGCCCGUGGGCACCACGGCCACGCUCUACUUCCGGGACCUGGGGGCGCAGAUCAGCUGGGUCACGGUGUUCCUGACGGAGUACGCGGGUCCCCUGCUCAUUUACCUGCUGUUCUAUUUCCGGGUGCCGUUCCUGUACGGGCCCCGCUACGACUUCACGGCCAGCCGGCACCGCGUGGUGCACCUGGCGUGCUGCUGUCACUCGUUCCACUACGUCAAGCGGCUGCUGGAGACGCUGUUCGUGCACCGCUUCUCGCACGGCACCAUGCCCCUGCGCAACAUCUUCAAGAACUGCACCUACUACUGGGGCUUCGCUGCCUGGAUGGCGUACUACAUCAACCACCCGCUGUACACCCCGCCAGCGUACGGUGACGAUCAGGUGAAGCUGGCGCUGGCCGUGUUCCUGUUCUGCCAGCUCGGGAACUUCUCCAUCCACGUGGCCCUGAGGAACCUGCGGCCGGCGGGUUCCAAGACGCGCAAGAUCCCGUACCCGACGCGGAACCCGUUCACGUGGCUGUUCCUGCUCGUGUCCUGCCCCAACUACACCUACGAGGUCGGUUCCUGGAUCGGUUUCACCAUCAUGACCCAGUGCCUGCCCGUGGCGCUGUUCUCGCUGGUGGGGUUUGUGCAGAUGGCGAUCUGGGCUCAGGGCAAGCACCGCAGUUACCUGCGCGAGUUCCGCGAUUACCCGCCCCUGCGCUCGCCCAUCGUGCCCUUCCUGCUGUGACACCGC